GCAAAUAUUUCAUAAAGCAAAAUAGAAUCUUGAACACUUGUUCUUCUAAACUGAAUAAUUUCUCUGAUUUUUUUUGGUGAAAAUGUUUAUUGAAAAUUUUAAGGUGGAAAGCCCAAAUGUGAAGUAUAUUGAGAAUGAAAUUCAUUCUGUGUAUGAUUAUGAAACCACAGAGCUUGUUCAUGAAGAGAGAAAUGGAACUUAUCAAUGGAUUGUUAAGCCUAAAACUGUCAAAUAUGAAUUUAAAACUGACACCCAUGUGCCAAAAUUAGGGGUUAUGCUUGUUGGAUGGGGAGGAAACAAUGGUUCAACAUUGACUGGAGGUGUUAUUGCGAAUCGAGAAGGAAUUUCAUGGGCAACGAAAGAAAAAGUGCAGCAAGCCAAUUAUUUUGGGUCUCUUACUCAGGCAUCAACCAUUCGAGUUGGGUCUUUCAAUGGCGAAGAGAUCUAUGCACCCUUCAAAAGCCUCCUUCCCAUGGUCAACCCAGACGAUGUAGUAUUUGGAGGAUGGGACAUUAGCAACAUGAAUUUGGCAGAUGCUAUGGUAAGGGCUAAGGUUUUCGAAGUUGAUCUGCAAAAGCAGCUGAGGCCCUACAUGGAAUCCAUGGUUCCCCUUCCUGGUAUCUAUGACCCUGACUUCAUUGCGGCUAACCAAGAAGCACGUGCCAACAACGUGAUCAAAGGAACGAAGAAAGAACAAGUUGAUCAAAUUGUUAAAGAUAUUAGGGAGUUCAAGGAGAAGAACAAGGUAGACAAGAUAGUGGUUCUAUGGACUGCCAACACCGAAAGGUACAGCAAUGUGGUUGUUGGCCUUAAUGACACCAUGGAAAACCUUUUAGCUGCUGUGGAUAGAAAUGAGGCUGAAAUAUCUCCUUCUACAUUGCAUGCUAUUGCUUGUAUUAUGGAAAAUGUGCCUUUCAUCAACGGAAGCCCUCAAAACACUUUUGUUCCAGGUCUUAUUGAUUUGGCCAUAAAGAGAAACACUUUAAUUGGUGGUGAUGACUUUAAGAGUGGUCAAACCAAGAUGAAGUCCGUGCUGGUUGAUUUCCUUGUUGGAGCCGGUAUUAAGCCAACGUCAAUAGUGAGCUACAAUCACUUGGGUAACAAUGACGGAAUGAAUCUUUCUGCUCCUCAAACCUUCCGGUCUAAGGAGAUCUCAAAAAGUAAUGUUGUUGAUGACAUGGUUGCUAGCAACGCCAUUCUCUAUGAAUCUGGCGAGCACCCUGACCAUGUUGUUGUGAUCAAGUAUGUUCCAUAUGUUGGAGACAGCAAGAGGGCAAUGGAUGAGUACAUGUCAGAGAUUUUCAUGGGCGGAAAGAGCACUAUAGUUAUGCACAACACUUGUGAGGACUCUCUUUUGGCAGCUCCAAUUAUCUUGGAUUUGGUCCUUCUCGCUGAACUCAGCACUCGCAUUCAGCUCAAAGCUGAAGGGGAGGGGAAGUUCCACUCCUUCCACCCUGUGGCUACAAUUCUCAGCUACCUCACCAAGGCUCCCCUGGUACCACCAGGUACUCCAGUGGUGAAUGCCCUUUCAAAGCAGAGGGCAAUGCUUGAGAAUAUAAUGAGAGCUUGUGUUGGUUUGGCACCAGAGAACAACAUGAUUUUGGAAUACAAAUGAAAAUAUAUAUGCAGAUGAAGGAAAUUACUAGAAGAGAAUGGACUUAACUCAAGUGUAGUUGCAUUUGUAGAAAAGAUCACUCUCUAUUUAUUUUUUUUUGUCCCUAUUAUAUCUUAUAUUUUGUUUCCAUUUUCUCAUCAUAUAAUUAAGUUUAAGUGUGGCAUGAUUGUGAAGUGUAGGAGAGCUUAAAAGGGCCAAAGUCUUGUUUAUUGUAACUUCUUCUCUUCAUGUGUUUUGGCCCUCUUAUCUCCAAAUUGUAUGUUGGUUGCUUUAGCUCAGAUAGAGCCAGCAACAUCUUGUUUCUAUUGGAAAAAAAAAAAUAUAACAUGGUGAUUUAAAUUUUGUUUUAGAAA